AAACGUCAACAAGAGCAAAUAUAUAGGAUAUUAAAACUGUUUUUUGUCAAGAAACUUCAGCUUUCGAAACCGUCAAAGAAAUACAAAAGACUGGAACUAGCUCGGGUAAAAACCACAGCUGGCCGGUGACUACCGGUGACGAAUAGUAUUCGUCAUAUAUUCGGAAUAAGUCCGUUUAUUCCCGAUUUUCCGAAAUUACUCCGAUAACAUACCGAAGGUUCCUUUGGCGGGAAAUUCGCUUUGGAAAAUUGAAUAACUCGAGGUGUUGGUCCAGAGCAGUGUAAUAUUGUCUAAAAAUGAUGGCUACAGUGAGCGCCAUCGAGUCUUUCCCUACGAACGACGAUAUCUUCGAUGCUGAGGUAGACGACGAUAGCGAUGGCGGACAACAAGAAGACGAUGUUCCUGAACUAAAUAAUGAUAUAUCUAAUUCCGCUGAGGAUAAAACUACAGAAAAGGAUGAUAUUUUUGACGAUGAAGGAUCUCCCCAAGUUCCUCAGACAAAUGAAAGCUCCGAUGAGUCCGAGAAAGAAAACGAGGAAAAUGAUGAAGUUCCCCAUUCUACCAAACAGAAAACAAGGUCUCCAAAACCUCGAAAAUUAAAAAAAGCUGCUAUUCAAUCAAUUCACAGUGAAUGUCAAAGAAUGCUACGAGAUUCACGUCUCAAGCUACCAUACUAUACACCUGCUGUGAAACCUAUCACACAUUUCUUGAAGAGGGUUCCUAUUAGCACGCUUCCCGCCAAGAAGUCUGAAUUAACUCAAAAUUCUAAUAAAACUGAGAUUGAUAGUUCCUCCCAGCCAGCUGAACUGAAUGUCAUUAAGGGUAAAGAGAAUAAAGAAGUUACAACUCCAAAAUUGUCGGAUGCAAAUGAUCCUUUCUUCUUUGACGAGACCCCAACAGACAAACUUCCCACAAAGGGUGUACAGAAAUUGAUGCAAAGGUUUGCAAAGCACACAAAAAAGCCUAAAGAAAUCGUAAAGAAAGAAAGUAUAGUUAUAUUGGACAAUGAGAAGACAAGCCAACAGCAACCAUCGAAAAAACCUGACAAACCAGUUCCAGGUGGACGACUGCAAGCCUUGAAAGAGCAACUUGAAGUGAAGAUGAAAAAGCAAAGGGAAGAGCUGCGCAAGAUUCAUGAAUCCCAAAGAAAACUUGACAAUGAAGAAAUAAGUGAUGAAGAAGAAGAGGCAGAAAUUACAGAUGAAUCAGAUUCAGAUUAUGAGUUGGAUCAAUGGAAUGCUGAUGAUGAAGCAAAACAGGAGGAAGAAGACAACGAUAAACCAGCUCAAAAUGAUUUCAUUGAUGCAGAAGCUGAUGAAGAUGAUGGUGAUUCUAAUGCGGUAGAAGACAACUCAGGCUCUGAUGGAGAUAUCAGUGAUGAAGGACUUAGUGACAAUGAUGAUGACAAUUCUAGUUUCAGUGAYAAAGACAAAACAAAGAGACACAAACAUAAAAAGCACAAACGAUCUAAUAUCAYACAGCUAUCAACAGAGCAAAAAACRGAAGACAAUGUGAAUAGCAAUAGCCAAAGCAUCAGUGAAGAUUCACAAGGGAAUAACACAGAAGAAACUGAUAACAGACAAAGCCUUUGCCUCCGACUUGACAGCAUUGAUGAUGAUUAUGAAAGUCCCGAGGAAUUUACCAAAACGAAAAGUUUUAAAUCACCUGAAGCAAGUCUSAGCUUACAGCUUGCUUCUGAUUUGACAAGCGACAGCAGCAUUAUAGAAGCUGGACAGGGYGAAGGGAAGAGAAACUUUUCUCAUCUGGAGUCUGAUUCUGAAGUAUCAUCAAUGCUACCUCCGAUUGCUAGACACAGCAGCUACAAGGAGAAUACACAGAAAAGACCAAAGAAGACUGGAAAACUGUCCCAACUUACACUUCCCAUAGAAGAUUCUCAGGAUUUGUUUGAUUCUGAAACACUUGAUGAAGACCCACAAGACAAAGUCAGUGUCACAAAUGGCUUCUCUUUUGCCAUUGAAGAAGAAAGUCAGAUGACUCAAAUGCUAGACACUCAGGGGUUCCUGUUUUCUACCAAGAAACAAAAAAAGCAAAGUCCYAAACACACUAAUGUCUCAGAAGCAAAUGCUGACAUGGAAGAAAUUCUUGGUCUUUGCUCUGGACARUUUACAGRAACAGACUCMAUGACUAGCUCAGAUACAAGAAAAAGAAAGCCAAAAUCUCUUCUUGGAACCCUUAUMGCAGAUGWGAACUCGCAGUCAUCCAAUAUGGAUGAAUUACUUGGAUUGUGCUCUGGGAUGUUUGCAAGUAAACCAGAUACACCAAAAAAUGCUGAUGAAAAUGUAGCAGAUUUUAUCCAGGAAGACAAGAAUGAAGAGGCAGGAAAUGACAUCAAUAAGAUGGAUGAUGAUGAUGAAGAUAAUUUCAAUGAUGAUGAUGAUGAAAAUAAAGAUGAUUUUAAUGAUACCAGCGAUAAUGAUGAUGUCGACGAAGAUGACAAUGAAGAAGAAGGAAGUGAUUUGGAUAUGGAUAAGCUGAGAGUAAAAAAGAAACGCAAGGCUGAAAAGAUUUUUGACAAGAAAAAGUUUUAUGAAGAAGAAGCAGAGUUGUCYGGUAGCGAUGUAGGAUCUGAUGAAGAYGAGGAUAUCGACACAGAYGAUGAUGUCUUGGAGGAGGACUCAGAACAAGAAGAGCUUCCAUCAGAUGAGGAAUUACAAAACCAAAUUAACAAAGUACACAUGAAGUCUAUUCUUGAUCAAGAUAAAGCCGAACUAAGACUCAUGCAAGAUAUCUAUCURCAAGAUGGUGACCUACAUGGAGAAGGCAGRAAAAGAAACUUCAGAUGGCGUGGCAUUGAUUUUAAUUCCCAGGCAGAUUUAUUUGAUAACAGAAUGUGGAAUGAUGAAGAUGACAAUGCCAAUAUAGAAUUAUUGACAGAAGAAGAAAGCAAAAGAAGGAAAGAGAGAUUUGAACGAGAUACUUUUAUUCGAGAAGAAAUGCAAAAAAGUACUGGUAACCAAGAUAUUGUAGACAUAGAUGAAGACAGUCAAGUCAUACUAAACAUCAUAAAAGACACAAGUAAUGCAGUACCUACAGCUUCACCUUCUGUUCCUGAUAAAAGUCAACCAAUUGUUUGUAAAAAGCMAAUUACUCCAGCUCCACGCCUGCAAAGAGUACCCUCCCAAAAAGGCUCGUUUUUGAACCGCAGUAAAGCUACUCUCAAUCGACUAUCAAGUAUCACUGCAAGUGUACCUAAUGCUUCAUCUAACGGUAGAAGUUUUGUAUUCAAAGCUGUGGAUGAUAAAGUGAAMUCUGAAAAUUCUAAGAAAAUGCCAAGAACGKUAUCCAUGAUGGAGCCUGCCGCAAAAAGACCAAAAUUUGACAGAAGUAUGAGUGACACAACAUCAAACAGCAUUUUCUCUAUGUUUUAAUAUUUCUGUGCUUAGAAUAAUYCAUGUAAUAUUCCAUACUUUCAAUAAUUCAUCAUGUUAUCAAUCAAUGUUAUCAAUUUUAACUGGAAAAUGUCAAUAUCCACUUCGUACAUUUGUAAAUAGACGAGAUUUUUAAAUUAAAAAGUUUUUUAUAAUGAUAA